AAAAGAAGGUGUCCUUUUGGGUGAUCGUUUGCUUGCUGCUUUGCUUCCUGCUUGCUGCUGGUUGCGAGGCCAUGUCGAUGGCAAUCGGGAAACAACUGUGAAACUUGCAUUUCUAUAUCUUGUUUCCAAUUGAUGAUUCUUGCCAAAUUGUGGCAAGAGGCUUGCUUACCAGAAUACUGCCAAGCCCCCCCAGCACUAGACUACUGUACGGCCGUAGCCUGUUCUGACAUUGACAACACAUUUCCGCACCAUGUUCUUUGAACGUGGCGUGAUCGCCACAUGCUUUGCAGUAUUGGUCGCUGUGGCGGCUUCAGCGGUUCACACAACACCCGCUGUGGGGCCGAUAAUACCUCGCAACGAUCACAACAAUUUCCACUAUUUUGCAGUGCAACUUGACACAAGUCGAGACGGCUCUGUACCGUCAGCAGAGAUACUUGAAGACCGAGCGCAUCAGCUGGGCUCCUCACUAGGUUAUCACUUUGUGGGUCGGGUUGGAGAACUGGUGGACUAUUACCUGUUCGCAACCCCAAAGGAAUCGGGGGGGUUGGAGAGAUGGAGCACAGAAGAGGCCGAACAUGAGCAUGUAAGGCACGUCAAGAGAUUUGCGGACGAGCCGGCUGUAGCCUGGGUCGAGCGUCAAAUACCGAAACGGCGCUUGUUCAGACGUGCAGCCCUACCGAGUGCAGGCCAACCAAAAGCAGAGAGGGGCCGGCCUCUCCGAUUGGAUGACGUUAGAAAGGAGCUGGAUAUACAAGAUCCAGGAUUUUCUAGUCAAUGGCAUUUGGUUAACACGGUCAUAAUUGGGAACGAUCUGAACGUAACGGGAGUAUGGAGACAAGGCAUCACGGGCAAGAAUGUUACGGUGUGCUUUGUCGACGAUGGGUUGGAUUACGACAGUCCGGACCUCAAAGACAAUUUUUAUGCCGAAGGCUCGUAUGAUUUCAAUGACCAUGUAAAAUUACCAAAACCGAAAUUAAUCGAAGACCGACAUGGAACCCGGUGCGCUGGUGAAGUAGCAGCUGUGCGGAAUGACGUCUGUGGAGUGGGAGUUGCGUACGACGCCAAAGUGUCCGGCGUUCGGAUUCUCUCGGGUGAUUUGACAGAAGCGGAUGAAGCUGCUUCCAUCAAUUACGACUUCCAGAACAAUCAGAUCUACUCUUGCAGUUGGGGGCCAGCCGAUAAUGGGAGGGCUAUGGAGGCUCCACCAAAGAUUGUCACUGAUGCUGUUUAUAAUGGUAUCACCAAGGGACGUGGUGGACUAGGCUCCAUUUACGUCUUUGCUAGCGGGAAUGGCGGGGCAUUGAGUGACAAUUGCAACUUCGAUGGCUAUACAAAUAGCAUUUACACCAUUACCGUGGGCGCUGUGGAUCGUGAGAAUGGGCAUCCGAUUUAUUCGGAAGCGUGCUCUGCUGUGAUGAUUGUGAUGUACAGUAGUAGUGGAGUACAUAAGGAUGCUAUUUACACCACCGAUUGGCCUGGUCAGUGCACACAAACGCAUGGGGGAACGUCGGCCGCAGCCCCUCUCGCUUCCGGAUUGUAUGCGCUUGUUCUUCAGAUCCGGCCCGACCUCACCUGGAGGGACAUUCAGCAUCUGACGGUACAAACCGCGGUUCCAAUCGAUCUCGACGAUUCGGACUGGACACAAACAGCAGGUGGUUUUCUGUACAACCACAAGUACGGGUUUGGCAAGCUGGACGGCUACGCCUUAGUCGAAGCUGCGAAGAACUUCACCAAAGUCCGUCCACAGACGCAUUUUGUAACUGGCGUCCAGACUGUCUACAAAGAGGUACCCCAAGACAGCGUCAAGUUGGAUAGUACUCUAACCAUCACCUCCGAUGAUCUCAAAUCGGUAAACAUGAGCCGAUUGGAGCACAUCACUGUCACUGUCAAUAUGGAGCACGAGCAUAGAGGAGAUAUAGAGGUUUGGCUUACCUCUCCAAAUAAAGUUGCGUCUCAGUUGGCCGCGUACCGCCCCUACGAUGGGGAUAUUUAUGGUCUUCAAAACUGGACUUUUAUGACUGUUAAGCAUUGGAACGAAAAUCCGGUUGGAGAUUGGACAAUUUCCGUUUUUGAUAAGAUAAAUCCUGAUAAAAAGGGCACGUUUAAUUAUUGGUGGAUGACGUUCUAUGGCGAGACAGCCCCACCUCCUCCGGCGGCGGCACCGUCGGAAGUAGCGUCGCUUGCGCCUGCGCCCUCCACUUCGGCUGUACCUGAGGCGCCUCCCUCCCAGUCUUGGUCGGCAGGCGCAGAGGCGGCAGCUACAUCAGCCCCGCCAUCAGAUGCAUCCCUAUCCACAGCGUCUCAAGCGUCAGCUUCCUCAACAUCUUCCCCAUCCAUCCCUCCACCUGUAGGGAUCUCAGGGUCAGGGAGCAAAUCGGCAGGAUACGCCUUUGCAUUUGGCGCGGUUCUCCUCGGUGCAGCCGGCGCCGGCGCAUACUAUUUCCGUCGCAGUAAAGAAGACCGCACCUCAGCCGAACAGAACUAUGAGUUCAAAAUGCUAAAUGACAAUGAAAUUGACGCUGCCUUCGAAGAGGACCAAGAGUCCCAAAUGCGACUGGUGGGUGGACGAGAAGGAUCCAGCAGUCGGGAUGUAAUAUUUGAUAGGUUCGUGCUGUCGAAUGUGGAUGAGGAUGAGGAUGAGGACGAGGCGGAUUGAGACCUCUUCUUUAGACAUGUAUAUUUUGAAAUAUGCUUGUAAUUUACAUUUCAGCCUUCUCAAUUUGCAUAUAUAAUGUGUGGUAUAUCACGUCAUGUGUGGUAUAUCAAAUAUGCUAUCCAGCGGAACCUAUUAGUUUUCUCAUUCACUACUCUAUCAUCGUUGAUACCUACGUGCAAGGUGCUUUGUA